GAGAUCACCUUCAGCCAUGAAGAAGAGGAGUCUCAAUGCAGCAAAAGAGGCACCGAAGUGGAAGAAGGCCAAAAGAGACGAGGCCAGCUCUGAUGAAGAUGAUGAAUCAUCACAGAGAACCACAAGCCACGAUUCCAGUCAGAGCGAGUCUCUCAGUGAUGCUGAAGAUCAGAGACCCAGUUUCUCCAAACCGUCAGCAUCCCAGAAUGCCUCAAGCAGCGAAGCUUCUCAGAGCGACACCAAAUUCUCCAUGUACAACAGCGUGUCCCAGAAGCUUAUGGCUAAAAUGGGAUUUAAAGAAGGUGAGGGUUUGGGAAAGUUUGGUCAGGGCAGAAAAGAGAUCGUGGAGGCGUCUACGCAGCGUGGGAGGAGAGGUCUCGGCCUCAUGUUGGAGGGAUUCAAGGGAGAUCUCAACGUCGACUGGAAGGACGAACCUGAGCCUAGUGCUUAUGAAGAAGUAUCCUGGUUCCCAGAGUGUACAACAGAAAUGCCAGACUCCGAUGAACUGAGAGACUGGAUGAUUAUAGGCAAGAGGAAAAUGACGAUCGACGACGAGACCGAGUUCUGUUCAGAGCAGCUGCUACACCUGCUGCUACGCUGCAAGAGUGUGUUUGAUGAUCUAGAGGGUGAAGAAAUGAGGCGAGCUCGUACACGGUCCAACCCGUACGAAACAAUACGAGGAGUUUUCUUCCUCAACAGAGCUGCGAUGAAGAUGGCGAACAUGGACCAUGUGUUUGACUAUAUGUUCACCAGUCCAAAAGACUCCCAAGGGAAGCCCCUGUUCCGUGACCGAGAGAGCGAGCUGCUUUAUUUCGGGGACGUGUGCGCCGGGCCUGGAGGAUUCUCCGAGUACGUUCUGUGGCGGAAACGUUGGCAUGCAAAAGGCUUCGGCAUGACUUUGAAAGGAGCCAACGAUUUUAAACUAGAGGACUUCUACUCGGCCCCCAGUGAACUCUUCGAACCGUACUAUGGUGAAGGCGGGAUUGAGGGUGAUGGUGACAUCACGCGGCCUGAGAACAUCAGCGCGUUUCGUAACUUCGUCCUGGAGAGCACAGAAAAGCGAGGCCUCCACUUCCUCAUGGCUGACGGCGGUUUCUCAGUGGAGGGGCAGGAGAACCUGCAGGAGAUCCUGAGCAAGCAGCUUCUCCUCUGUCAGAUCCUCACCGCUUUAUCCGUCGUCCGCACAGGAGGCCACUUUGUGUGUAAGACCUUCGACCUGUUCACACACUUCAGUGUGGGUCUGAUCUAUCUGCUGUAUCUCUGCUUCGAGAGAGUGUCGCUCUUCAAACCGCUUACCAGCAGACCUGCCAACUCCGAGAGGUACGUGGUGUGUAAGAAUCUGAAGCCAGGCUCUGAUGCAGUCAGGGAUUACCUGUUCAAGGUGAACCUGAAGCUCAAUCAUCUCCGGCAGUCGGACAGCGACGUCACAGACUUGGUGCCUCUGGAUAUCAUCAAAGGAGACACGGACUUCUACCAGUACAUGGUGGACUCCAACGAGCGUCAUAGUUCUGUACAGAUCAAAGCUCUUGCUAAAAUCCACGCCUAUGUGAGAGACACGACGCUGUCAGAGGCGAGGCAAGCCGAUAUCCGCAAGGAGUGUCUCAGACUAUGGGGGAUUCCUGAUCAAGUCAGAGUGGCACCUUCUUCCUUAGACCCCAAGGCCAAGUUCUAUGAGCUCAUAAAUGGCUCAGAGGUCGACAGCUUUAACUCUCGGCCCACACCCCUCAACCACAAAACUAUGGACAAACUGCAGCAUGUGUUGGACCACCGGUGCAUCGUUGGAGGAGGAGAACAGAUUUUUCUCCUGGCGCUCGGGAAAUCUCAGAUCUACACAUGGGAUGGUAAAUCUCCUGUGCGCUGGAGGAAGCUGGAGAACUUUAAACUGGAGCUGCCCAGAGACACGCUGCUGAGUGUGGAGAUUGUUCAGGAGCUGAAGGGGGAGGGUAAAGCCCAGCGUAGGAUCAACGCCGUUCAUGUUCUGGAUGCUCUGGUUCUCAAUGGCACUGAUGUUAGAGACCAGCACUUCAACCAGAGGAUUCAGAUGGCAGAGAAGUUUGUGAAAGCUGUGUCUAAACCCAGCCGGCCCGACAUGAACCCUAUACGAGUAAAGGAGGUGUAUCGGUUAGAGGAGAUGGACAAGAUCUUCGUCAGAUUGGAGAUGAAGGUGACGAAGAGCUCAGGCGGAAUGCCGCGCCUGUCCUACACGGGCCGAGACGAUCGUCACUUCCUACCCAGCGGCCUUUACAUCAUCAAAACAGUCAGAGAUCCGUGGACGAUGGCGUUCAGUAAGAGCUCCAUGAAGAAAUUCUUUUACAACAAACAGACGAAACAGUCCACCUACGUCAUGGAUCCAGGCGCUGUUGCACCUUUCGACGUAUGUCAUCAAGAAAGGUUAUUUUGGGCCUGGGAGGAAGGGGUCAGAGUUCACGACUCGCAGAACCGUGUCGAUCCUCAGAAACUCUCCAAGGACAACGUGCUGUCGUUUAUCCGCAAACACAGUCAUCAGUGGGAGAACCGCGACGGCGUGUGACGCCUCCCGUCACAAACAGAGGGCGCUGUUGUUUGCAGAAGAGGAAACGUAGCACUUGGACACAAGCCUUUCCUCCUGUGUUCAAAAUAAAACCCAGAGUUAAAGUAUAAUUUAUUUUACAGCCUGUAAACAUUAUACGUGUGAGGUAUCUACACAGAAUAUAGAUGGUUGCGGUGCUUAGGCUUGUUAAAUCAGAUCUACUAAUACACUUCUCAUUAUCCGGUGAUAGAGUGCAUGAGCAAUAGGACACUCCAUAUCCUCUUCUGUACGCUCGCUGUCGCCUUCCUUUCCCUUCGUGCCGAUUCGUCGGCUUGUAAAUGUUGCUCGAACGAGGCAAAGGUGUUUCAUGGGCUUCAUUCAGGCUCGUGAGGAAGCUUGAUAAUAAUGUUUAAAAAGUAAAUAAAUGAAAAUUUCUCCUGGACUAUUUUCCUUCUCUAUUAAACAACCCGGAUGUCAGCGUCCUCGACUCGGCUUGGCGGCGAGGACGAAAUCACAAGGUCGGCUUUUCCCGUCUGUUCUCUGUUCUGUAAAAGGGAUAUAAAUAAAAAUAAAACUAAACAGGCUGAAA